AUGAGCUCCGACACUACCGGGACGAUCGGGGCCGCCAUCGAUGAUGAUUUUCUGGCUUUCAUGGAUGUUCAGCUCCACCGUUGGGAAAACAGGUUGGGCACUUUAGCUGUGGUCGGCCAUUUGACUCCCAUUAAGCAUUACAUGCGCUGGUAUCAUCAGAUCACACGCCGAUUGAUCUGCAACCCAGCUUUGCGUCCCCCUAGGGAUGUAGGAUGCUCAGCACUAGCGCCGGCAAGACGAGGCAUUGAGGGCGUUCACGGUCUAGUCCAUCCGCAGCCGUUCCAGGCCGGUGGCAGCUCACCUGGGGACUCACCUACGUUUACGCCGACGCUCUUGCUUGCUGAGAUACCCGGGUCGUCAUCACAGUCGAGCCAGAAUGCAUACAUGGAGGAGCGUGAUAACGUUGAUUGGGCGGCGUUACGCGCUUCAUUAGCUGAUGAGCGACCUGAUUCGGCGCCAGUGGGUCCACAGGAGCGACCCAUUCAGGAGCAUUCUCGUCAGCCUGCCGAGGCAGAGGUUCAUCCUUCGGCGCCUGAGGUGGCGACUCCCGACGAGGAAGAGGUCGAGUUUCCAGACCUAGCUCAGCCUGAGGUUCUGAGCGUGCCAGCGGGAACAGAUCCCAAGAAGAAGCACAAAAACAAAAUCGUCUUAAUAAUGGGUGCUACAGGUUAUGGUAAAUCAAAACUCUCAAUCGACCUAGCCACUAAUUAUUUCCCAUCAGAAAUAAUUAAUUCAGACAAAAUCCAAAUCCUUAAAGGCCUCAAUAUUACAACAAACAAAAUCUCAAUACAAGAACAAAACAACAUCGUUCAUCAUUUACUCGGUGAGUAUGAAUUUUCGUUUUCCGAUUUUACCCCUUCAGAUUUCAGGUUUGAAGCUAAUAAAAGAAUUUCCGACAUCAUUAAUCGAAACAAACUCCCAUUAAUAGUUGGUGGGUCCAAUUCAUUUAUCUACUCUUUAUUAUUAAACCGGUUUAACCCGAGUUUAGAUGUAUUCGAUGAGUUAAACCCGGUUCAGUGUAUAUCAAAAGAGCUCCGGUUUAACUGUUGUUUCAUCUGGGUUGAUGUUAAAACUCCGGUUUUAAAUCAGUAUUUAGACAAAAGAGUUGAUGAAAUGAUGAAAACCGGAAUGUACGAGGAAUUAGAAGAGUUUUUCAAGGAAAACGGGUUUGGUUCCGGGUCGGGUCGGGUUGCCGGGUUGUGGAAAGCGAUAGGGGUACCGGAAAUGGAAGGGUAUUUUAGGAAAAAGAAGAGUUACGAGGAAGCGUUGAAUGAGAUUAAGGAGAAUACGAGGUUGUUAGCGGAAAAGCAGAUGUGGAAGAUCGGACGGUUGAGAGAAGCUGGGUGGGACCUACAGAGAAUUGAUGCCACGGAAGCAUUUAAAGCAGCGAUGAUGACGUCAGUGUCGCCGGAGGAAAGUAAUAAGGUUCAGGCAAGGGUAAUAUGGGAAAGAGAUGUUUUGAUACCAAGCAUGAAUAUUGUGAAACAUUUUUUGUUGGAGUAGGUUUGGUUUUUCCAGCUAAUUACAGCUCUUCUAAAUUCUCCUCCCCCCUACCCCCUCUCUUCCCGCCCCCUGUUUUUAAUCAAUUUUGAGAAACUUUUUUUUUUUUUAAUUAUAUAAGGGUAGGAAAAGGGGACUAUAACGUGAGGAUUCGAAUUCUCAGUUAGAUGAAAGAUCAGGUAGCCAAGCUACUGAGCUGCUGGAUGGAUCCUGUAUGAAAGAAAAGCAUAUGAAAUGAGGCUGACGAAAAAAGGGAGUGAAGUGGCGACCAGUUUUGACGGCUUUAUUUUGAUCUGCUAACUUAUUACGUAAAUAUAAGAAAAAAAUGAAAGAAAAAUCAAGAAACAUAGUCUUUGUAUUUCUCUUCUAUAAUUCCUUUUUGUUUUCUCUUUUUUGUGUUUUUUGAGUGAGUUGAAAACUUGGCAUGAUAUAAAGUGGGGAUUU